AUGUUGCACUCAGCACCACUAUGGCUUGCUCUGGCUACCACAGCUUAUGCUCAAUUUGGCAUUGAACACACGCAGUAUGGGACUAGCCCACCAGUCUAUCCUUCUCCAAACAUCACCGGCACAGGAUGGGAAGCGGCGCUAGAGAAGGCGAAGGCAUUCGUGGCACAGUUGACGCUGGAAGAGAAGACCUUCAUGGUAACAGGCUCUUCUGGUCCUUGCGUUGGCAACAUUGCGCCAAUUCCGCGGCUCAACUUCAGUGGUCUCUGCCUGCAAGACGGUCCGCUCGCAAUUCGGCAAGCCGUGCUCGCAAGCGUCUUCCCUGCGGGAAUCACAGCUGCUGCUUCGUGGGAUCGAGAUUUGGUCAAGCAGCGUGGCGUGCAGAUGGCUGAAGAGUUCAAAGGCAAGGGCUCCCAUGUCAUACUUGGGCCGGUUGUAGGACCUCUAGGUCGUGAACCUUUCGGCGGCCGCAAUUGGGAAGGUUUCUCACCUGACGCCUAUCUCUCUGGAGUUCUUGUCGAAGAGACAGUACUUGGUAUCCAGUCCACUGGAGUUCAAGCCUGCACCAAACAUUAUAUUGGGAAUGAGCAAGAGAUACAGCGCAACCCGAGCACCGUUAACGGAACCGAGGUCGAAGCCAUCUCAUCUAACAUCGAUGACAAGACCAUGCAUGAAACCUACUUGUGGCCUUUCGCAAACGCGGUCAAGGCGGGAACAGCAUCGCUCAUGUGCAGCUACAAUCGCAUCAACGGUUCCUACGGUUGUCAGAACAGCAAAACCCUCAAUGGACUACUCAAGGAUGAGCUUGGUUUUCAAGGAUACGUCAUGUCCGAUUGGGGGGCAGUCCAUACAGGUUAUGCCGGGAUUGAAGCUGGACUGGACAUGAACAUGCCUGGAGGUAUUAGCUUCACAGGCGGAGCGUCAUCUUCGUUCUGGGGUGGCAACAUCUCUACUGCUGUCACCAACGGUUCUCUGGCCAUUGAACGUGUUGAUGACAUGAUCCUUCGCGUGAUGACUCCAUACUACCACCUUGGGCAAGACGUUGGCUUCCCUGUUGUUGACGAGUCUACCGUGCCCCUCAGCUUCUUCUCAAGGGCGGACUGGAAAUACAACUACACUCUAGGACCGAUGGUUGAUGUACGCGCUCAGCACUCAAAACUCAUUCGUGAGCUAGGCGCAGCAGGCACUGUCCUUUUGAAGAAUGUCAACAACACAUUACCGUUAAAGGAGCCUAAGAAUAUUGGCGUCUUUGGGAAUGAUGCAGCGGAUCUGACCAGCGGUCAAUAUUCUCUUUCAAUAUCGAGUGGACUUGCAUCGGGCGACUACGAUAUCGGCACCCUCGCAGCUGGGGGAGGGUCCGGCACUGGACGCUUUACCUACAUUAUCCCACCGCUAGAUGCGAUCAAGACUCGUGGCCAAUCUUAUGGCGCGCUCGUCCAGUACAUUACAGACAACGUCGCGAUCGCGGCAGGCGGCCUUAGCUCGCUUUCGCCCACACCACUGGACGCCUGCAUUGUCUUUCUGAAAUCAUGGGCAAGCGAAGGCGACGACCGCACCACGCUCAUCGCCGAAUGGAACUCUACUGUUGUUGUGGAGGCAGUGGCUUCAAACUGCGCGAACACGAUUGUUGUCCUGCAUGGUGCUUCGCCGAACGUUCUGCCGUGGAAAGACAACGCCAACGUCACAGCAAUCUUAGCUGCCCAUUUUCCAGGUCAAGAAACAGGAAACUCAAUUGUCGACGUGCUCUGGGGAGAUGUCAAUCCUUCCGGCCGCCUUCCUUACACGAUUGCAAACAAUGAGACAGAUUACGAUCUCAGGAUCGUUAACAGCACUGAGCUUGUGGAGUCGACUAAUCCCAAUGCCUGGCAGGACGACUUCAAGGAGGGUAACGUUAUCGACUACAAGGAGUUUGAUGCCGCGAACAAGAGUGUAGCAUAUGAGUUCGGAUUCGGACUCAGUUAUACAACCUUUGAGCUUUCGGAUCUCCAGAUCAAGUCCGCCGUAUCGAACCCGUCACGUGUUCCCAGCUCGUCAGCCAAGGUUAUACCUGGUGGUAACGAAGAACUAUGGCAGACGCUUGUUACCGUAUGUGCGACUGUCAAGAACACGGGUGCCGUGAACGGUGCCGCUGUGCCCCAGCUGUAUGUAUCGUUCCCUUCGGAGGCAGGCGACAAGACUGUGCGAAGCCUUCGCGGGUUCGACAAGGUCAUGUUGGCAGCGGGCGAGGCCGCCACGGUCGAGUUCCCACUCAUGCGCCGUGACAUAAGCUACUGGGACGUCACUGGGCAGACCUGGCGGCUGCCUUCAAGCUCCAUCGGUGUGGAUGUCGGAUUCAGUUCCCGAGAUCUGAAGCUCAACGGAGAGCUUACUGUGUAAGCGGACAGGCAGAU